AUGUUCAAUAAACCCGCUCUCUUCAUUGCAAUCACCAUCCUGAAGUUGAUGGGAUUAGUCCGAGCCGAAGGCGAGAACGAGACUACAUCAACCAAUCAAAGUCAAUCGCAAUCCGAUUUGGUAGGCGCCUUGUCGAGUACGGUCGUGAACGCGCUGAUUUCUGACCAAUGUCGAAACGCCCUCAAAGAUACUUUCUCCCCUGGAUCGGAGUUGGGUCAAUGUCAAUUCUACGAGGCUUUGACUGGUGUUACCGAUGACGCUUCACUCGACUCAUACCUUACCACUGCCUGCGGGGCCGAUUCAUGUAGUGAUGAGACACUUUCCAACGCCGGAAACGCUAUUUGGACAGGGUGUGAAACAGAAAUGGGAUACGUGGGUAUCACCAAAGAAAUGCUUUUGGAAGCAUUUGGUACUUACACGAUCUCGAGGGAGAUUGCAUGUUUGAAAACGAAUGACGAUUAUUGCCUUACCGACUUUAUUGGAAAUAUCCUCGGAACCCAAUCUUCCUCUCAAGGUAACAGUUCUAAUUCUGCACCUCGGACUGGUAAUUACCAAGAUAUGAUCCAAUGGUAUUUCUGCGACGAAUGUUCAAUCGCUUCGAUCGAUCUGGUAUUGGUCCAAUAUCCCAUAUUGGCGCAAAUCGAUCUGGAUGGAGGCAAGACAGUAGUAGAUUAUGUUAAUGGGUAUUGUUCCAAUAAAGGUAUAUCAACGUCUACGGAUGGUACACUCCCUCAAGGAAUUACCAAGACAGCUCAUAAUUCCACUUUCCCAUCUACCAAUGGGCUCGUUAAACGGAUGAUUACACGAAAUAUCGGUGUUCUCAAAUCAAGAUUUAUGGGGAUGCUUUAA